GGCUCCGAACGUUUGCGUUACCGUUGCACCGAACCAAAAUUUAAAAUCCCACUCACCCUUCCUCAUUUGCACACUCUCAUACGCGAACCCCCCUUUAUCUCUCUCUCUCUCUCUCUCUCUCUCUCUCUCUCUAUCUUUCGCUCUUCUGGAUAGCGUCAGCAAUGGUGUCUAAGACCCUGAAGAAAACUCCAACGAAAUCCAUUAAAGAUCGCCGGAGCAGCUAUCGCCGCCAAAGGAGGAAAUCUCCGGCGAAAAUUGAUGCGGUUGCUGCCUCCUCUACCAUUCUCGAAUCCAUCAAUAAAACUAUCUUCUCAUGCAAACGCCGCCUUGCCAAGAUUUUCUCCAAAUUGGCCCGCAUUAGUACUCCUAAUAGUCGCUACAAAGGAUACAAAAUCUUGAAGAAGAGAUUUAAAGGCGAAAGUCAAGAAUUUCAGCAGCAAGCAAUUGAGAAAGAUAGCAUUUGCAGAGUUCUUUUCUCUAAUGAACGAUUACCACCGUUGAUUUCGCCUACUAAAAAAACCAUCUUUCUUGAUCUCGAUGAGACCUUGGUUCAUUCCAAAGCAGACCCACCACCUCAAAUGUUUGAUUUUGUAGUAAGGCCAAAAAUUGAUGGAGAAUUAAUGAAUUUUUAUGUGUUGAAACGACCGGGAGUUGAUGCUUUCUUGGAAUCACUGGCCGCGAAGUACGAGUUGGUGGUGUUUACCGCCGGAUUAAAAGAAUAUGCGUCGUUGGUUCUCGAUAAGUUGGAUGUGAAGGGGUUAAUUUCGCAUAGACUAUAUAGGGAUUCGUGCAAGGAAGUUGAUGGGAAGUUUGUUAAGGAUUUGUCUGAGAUGGGGAGGGAUAUGAAGAGAAUAGUGAUUAUCGAUGACAAUCCUAAUUGCUACAGUUUCCAGCCAGAAAAUGCAAUUCCGGUGAGGCCUUUUAUUGAUGAUUUGGGUGAUGGAGAAUUGGGGAAGUUGGUUAAGUUUUUCGAAGAGUGUGAUUCUUUUGAGGAUAUUAGGGAUGCUGUGAAGCAGUUUGUUUGCAAAGGGAAUGAUAUGAAGAAUCUGUAACUGUUAGGCUUUUUUUUUUAUAUCUAUUUUUGUUUUGUUAGCUCUUUAUUUUUUAUUUUUUUCAUGAAAUGAUAUGAUGUAUUGAACAAAAAUUUUGUUCAAUCCAAAGUGAAAGAAGAAACUCAAAUAAUAGCAACAGCAUUUCGUUUCUUUUAA